AUGUCAUGCACAGGAGUAACGUUACAUCCUCCUGAACAGACCCCAGCUGUAACGUUACAUCCUCCUGAACAGACCCCAGCUGUAACGUUACAUCCUCCUGAACAGACCCCAGCUGUAACGUUACAUCCUCCUGAACAGACCCCAGCUGUAACGUUACACCCCCCUGAACAGACCCCAUCUGUAACGUUACAUCCUCCUGAACAGACCCCAGCUGUAACAUUACAUCCUCCUGAACAGACCCCAGCUGUAACAUUACAUCCUCCUGAACAGACCCCAGCUGUAACGUUACAUCCUCUUGAACAGACCCCAGCUGUAACGUUACAUCCACCUGAACAGACCCCAGCUGUAACGUUACAUCCUCCUGAACAGACCCCAGCUGUAACGUUACAUCCUCCUGAACAGACCCCAGCUGUAACGUUACACCCACCUGAACAGACCCCAGCUGUAACGUUACAUCCUCCUGAACAGACCCCAGUUUUAACGUUACACCCACCUGAACAGACCCCAGCUAUAACGUUACAUCCUCCUGAACAGACCCCAGCUGUAACGUUACAUCCUCCUGAACAGACCCCAGCUGUAACGUUACAUCCUCCUGAACAGACCCCAGCUGUAACGUUACAUCCUCCUGAACAGACCCCAGCUGUAACGUUACAUCCUCCUGAACAGACCCCAGCUGUAACGUUACAUCCUCCUGAACAGACCCCAGCUGUAGCAGACCCCUUACAUCCUCCUGAACAGACCCCAGCUGUAACGUUACACCCACCUGAACAGACCCCAGCUGUAACGUUACAUCCUCCUGAACAGACCCCAGCUGUAACGUUACAUCCACCUGAACAGACCCCAGCUGUAACGUUACAUCCUCCUGAACAGACCCCAGCUGUAACGUUACACCCCCCUGAACAGACCCCAGCUGUAACGUUACACCCACCUGAACAGACCCCAGCUGUAACGUUACAUCCUCCUGAACAGACCCCAGCUGUAACGUUACAUCCUCCUGAACAGACCCCAGCUGUAACGUUACAUCCACCUGAACAGACCCCAGCUGUAACGUUACAUCCUCCUGAACAGACCCCAGCUGUAACGUUACAUCCUCCUGAACAGACCCCAGCUGUAACGUUACAUCCUCCUGAACAGACCCCAGCUGUAACGUUACAUCCUCCUGAACAGACCCCAGCUGUAACGUUACAUCCUCCUGAACAGACCCCAGCUGUAACGUUACAUCCACCUGAACAGACCCCAGCUGUAACGUUACAUCCUCCUGAACAGACCCCAGCUGUAACGUUACAUCCUCCUGAACAGACCCCAGCUGUAACGUUACACCCACCUGAACAGACUCCAGCUAUCCCAGCUGUAACGUUACACCCACCUGAACAGACCCCAGCUGAGUCUAAAAUUAUCCUGAUAAAGAAGGGCUAUGACUUGAGGUCUCCGUGA